AUGAGUGGGACCUGUAUCCAUGAGCCCCGUGCCCCUUCCCCCUCCCUCUCAGGCUUCAGUACCCCCAUCUCAGAGCCCCCCUAUCGAAGACUCGAUGGAGACACCCCUGCCUGCACCCCCGAAACGGACCUGACCCCCACACAGUGUGUCCUCCGAAACGUGCUGUCCAUUGACACCGGUGGACAGGUGGCACCAGGAGGCAGCAGCCCCACACCCAGUGAUGGACCCUCAGCCCACUUUGACAACAGCGUGCUAAAACUACAUGAACAUGAGGCCUGCCAGUGUGGCGGUGGGGCCGAGGCGGGGCACAGUCCAGAGGCUGGCGCUGUUCGGAGCCAGUCGGAGAACAUUCGGCUACAAUCAGGAAGUGGAGGUUUUUUGGAGGGACUGUUUGGCUGCCUAAAACCAGUCUGGACGAUGAUUGGAAAAGCCUACUCCACUGAACACAAACAUAGCCAUGAAGAGUCCUGGGAGGUUCCCUUCGAGGAGAUCUCGGACCUGCAGUGGGUAGGCAGCGGGGCACAGGGGGCCGUCUUCCUCGGCAAGUUCCACGGGGAAGACGUGGCUGUAAAGAAAGUUCGGGACAUCAAAGAGACUGAGAUCAAACACCUCCGCAAACUCAAGCACCCCAACAUCAUCACUUUCAAGGGUGUGUGCACGCAGGCUCCUUGUUACUGUAUCUUGAUGGAAUACUGUGCUCAAGGCCAGCUGUAUGAGGUGUUGAGGGCGGGCCGUAAAAUCACCCCCUCCCUCCUGGUUGACUGGUCCAUGGGCAUUGCGGGCGGCAUGAACUACCUACACCUCCACAAAAUCAUCCACCGAGACCUCAAAUCCCCCAACAUGCUGAUCACACAUGAUGACCUGGUAAAGAUCUCUGACUUUGGUACCUCGAAGGAGCUCAGUGACAAGAGCACCAAAAUGUCAUUUGCUGGCACCGUAGCCUGGAUGGCCCCUGAAGUCAUUCGCAAUGAGCCAGUGUCAGAAAAGGUGGACAUCUGGUCGUUUGGAGUUGUGCUGUGGGAGAUGCUAACGGGAGAGAUCCCUUAUAAAGAUGUGGACUCAUCUGCCAUCAUCUGGGGUGUGGGGAACAACAGUCUUCAGCUGCCCAUACCUGAGAGCUGUCCUGACGGCUUCAAGAUCCUCCUCAGACAGUGCUGGAACUGUAAGCCCAGGAAUAGGCCGUCUUUCCGUCAGAUCCUUCUUCAUCUGGAUAUAGCGUCAGCUGAUGUGCUGUCCACUCCGCAGGAGACGUACUUCAAGUCUCAGGCUGAAUGGCGAGAAGAGGUGAAACAGCACUUUGAGAAGAUUAAAUCGGAGGGCACUUGUCUCCACCGACUCGACGAGGAACUGAUCAACCGACGUAGAGAGGAGCUCAGGCAUGCUUUGGACAUCCGUGAACACUAUGAGAGGAAACUGGAGAGGGCUAACAACCUUUACAUGGAGCUCAGUGCUGUCAUGCUGCAGCUGGAGCUCAAAGAGAAGGAGUUGCAGAGGAGAGAGCAGUCUUUAGAUAAGAAGUAUCCCGGCUUGUUUAAGCACCACAGCUCCAGACAGAGCAGCUCUUCUAACUCCAUGGACAAACUCAUCAAGAAGAGAAAUGUCCCGCAGAAACUGCCUUCGGGAAAAAGGCCAGACAUCCUGAAGUCUGAGGUAAUCAUUCCCAAAAUGGAUUCCUCCGUAAUGCAAGUCACUAUCCCAGCCUGCCCCAACAGGAGCUCUACCUCUCCUAGUCGGUCUCGGAGGGUAAAGACCCGCCAUCGCAAACCUGGUAAGGGCAGCAGUGGGGACCUGGCUGGACUUAAGGCAAAUCAGUCGUCACCCAAUAGGGACACAACUGCCCAGGCUAACAGUUCAACCACUAACACCUCCAAGCAGCUGCUGGAGCCGUCUGCAGCCCUGCGGGGCCUCAGCCACGAGCAGCAGCAGAGGCAGCUGUCCUCCUCCAGCCCUGACCUCAUCUGCACCACGCUGGAGGCCGAAGGCCAGGGAAAGGGGGAGCCUUCUGUGAGCGGGCUAGAGAGAGGGGGGAGCCUCAGUGCCUCUGCAGGUUUAGGGGGAUCAGAAGGAGGGGCAGCCGGUCUGGAUGAUCUCACAGAAACUCCUCCCCGCAGUGACACUCCCAGCGAGGAUGCUGCAUCAUUCCCAUUCUCCAGCAGCCCAGACUCACCGUGCGGAAGGGGGGCAGCAGCAGGGCGGGGGUCUCUGGGAUCCCCACGUCUGCCCCAUGAUGGGGAAGACAAGGAGGAGGGAGCCGGUGCUGUGAGGAUGCCCCGGGGGGCAUCAGGGGGAAUCGGGAGUCAGCACCUCACACCUUCAGCCAUUCUGUACAGGGCAGCUAUCACACGCAAACAGAGGCGUGGAGUGUCAUCAGAAGAGGAGGAGGGUGAAGUUGACAGUGAGGUUGAGUUACCACGGAGACGACGUCCGACUAGCAUCACCAAGUGCCAGUCGGUGUCAACCUUCAGCUCAGAGAACCUGUCGGUGUCAGAUGGCGAGGAGGGCCAUACUACUGACCACUCCCACAGCGGCACUCCUGAUGUGGUCAGCACCAACACAGACGACAGGUUGGACGACCGCAGCGAUGACCUCCUCUCUCAGGGGUCCGAGAUCCCGGCGGACAACACGGAUCCUGUGCAGGCUUCCGAUGGCCUGUCAGAGAGAGACGGAGUCAUGGGCCAGGCCAAAGCUCAGCUGGACAACGGGCAGAAUCCUAAUGAGAGUCGGGCGCUGUGCGAUGACUCUGACUGCGACAGUGCUGAGCUGGAUCAGUCAGGUAGCGGAGAGCCCAGCCGUCCUCCCAGCGCUGGAGCGUGGCUGCCGCCGUCUCAACCGCUACCCUAUCAGGGGUCUCCACACACACCUCACACAGGACCUCCGUAG